CCGAAGACGCGUCACCAGCGGCCGUUCGGGUGGGAGACGGGCGCGGGGUGCGCGCCGGCCGCCGCGCCGCCGCCGCCGCCCCGCGAGCUGCGCUUCGGCAGCCUGCCCACGCCCACCCCCGCGCACGACGCGCUGCCGCUGGCCGCGCGCCUGCCGCCGCCCUGGCUGCCGCCGCGCACCGUGCCCGGCGUGCUGGAGCGGCACCGCGGCGUGCGCAGGCACCCUUCGCAGGAGGACGGGUCGCCGGAGCUGCUGCCGCCGCCGCCGCCGCGCGUCGACUACGAGGGCGAGCGCGCGCGCGACGACGCCGACGACGAGGAGGACGAGCGCGCCAACUUCUCCGAGGACUCGCUGGAGGAGCUGCCGAUGCCGGCCACCAAGCGCAGCAGCAUCGCGUGGGAGGUGCCGCUGGACGACGACCCGCUGCUCACCCCGGGCAGCACCAAGGUGGUCGGCCGCCGGCGCCGCCGCUCCGGGGACCACUCCAGUACUGGUUCAAUCCACAGACUGCGAGAUGCAGAUGAUUGGCCAGACCCUCCAGUGAGUACUGAAGAUGAAGCUCCUUCUCCAUUCAGUGAUUCAUAUUAUGACUCCUCGGCAACAAAUGACCUUGAUGACUUCGUGCCCCCCAAACUUCCACCUCAGCAUGCUCCAAAUGGCACAUACAUUAUCCGCAAGGGUCGAAAAAAAGAAAGGAAACCAGUACCCGACAUGCUGUCCCCUCAAGAAAUAGUGCCACCAAAGUUUGGAGACUUGAAACGAUGCAGCUCAACGUUUGACAAUAUCAAGUCUUUAAUAAAGGAAGGUUUGUUAGAAGGUCUUGAUGACGCUCCUCCUGACUUUAAACCGCCCACACCUCCUGGGCUGGUGCGUGUUGUGUCCCUGCCCACUCUUCCCUCCAACGACAAUUCAUUUUCACAUCAUGACAACUCUCAUUAUCGUUCGAAAGCUGAUUCUCAUAGACUUCAACGUCCACAUGAAUUGGCAGUUACGAUGGAAGAAGAGGAAGAUCUUCAGUUUUGUUCAAAUCUCGAUAAUUUGUCCGAUGAAGCUGGUCUCAGUGCAGAACUUAGCUCUAAUGAUGAAGAAAAUAAAUUAAUUGAACAACUGGAAAGAGAGCACUUUCAGAACCUCCAGAACAAAGCAAAUGAAAUUAGACCUAGAGAAAAUGGUUCUCUAUCUAGAAAUGAAUCUCCUUUAAGUAAUAGGAAUUCAUUUGAGAAAGCAGCUUCACUGGAGAGCAGGGAUAUUGGUCAUAAAAGAAACAAGCAGAGAUCCCAUCAAAGGGAUAAACUCGUCAAUGGUUCUUUAACAAAGGAUCAUGAGCGUAACAAUCAUUCCUUCCACCACAAACGUGCAACAGAAGUGGAGACCAGUGAUCCGUGGACCACAGUGGCUGAGCUUAAUCAUGUGCAGCCUGUCCCGGUGGUUGAGGAUGAGGCAAAUGGAACACAAUCGAGUGCCUUGCCUGCAGACAACUUCAAGGUAACAGUGGAAGUCCUGCAGCACGAGUUUCCCCCACUACCUCCAUCGCCUGUGGAGGAAGAUGAGGAGGAAUACUCUGAAAUUGUGCACCCAAGUCCUGCCCAGACACCUCAGAGCAAGUCUGACACACUGCCUGAGCCAUUCUACCGAAGCCCUGAGCCUGGCAGUGACCCCAUUGGGACACGCUUCCUCAGCCGCCCCUGCCCCCCUGAGCCACCCCCGCACCAAGAGCCCAUGUCAAGCCUCAAGACACGAUCCAUGGACGCAGGCUUCAGCCGAGGGCACCGCAGCCACAGUUCCAACAACAGGAGAGAAAUUCCAUCGGAGAGACGAACUCUACCUCCAGAAAUACCUGGUCCUCCUCGACGUCGUACCUUUCAGAAACGGUCUGCUCAUUCUCCUCGAGAAGAAGGAAUGCAGACAUCCUGUUCCCUCCCAGAAACUCCAAUUUUUGCAAGAGGCUGUGAUAUACCCCGCACACCACACCGGCGUGCUCCUGAUGUCCCCAGUGGAGCUGCUCGCACUACUCCUCGUCCAAGUGGUCUUGUUACCACUGGUUACCGUCGCCCCGGUGCAGGCCAUGGUACCACUGCAGGCCUUGGCUCUGGUGGUCUGGGGCAAGCCCUAGUUGGUGCAGAGCUUCUAAGACUUGCAGGAGGACCAGGAAGAGGAUGGUACCCUCGGCACAGGCAGCAGCCACGCCCAGCAUCUGUUGAGAGACUGGAUCGCCUUGCACCUGGACACAGUCCAGGUCACAGCUUGCCCAGCCCAUGGGACACACGAGACUCAAGAAAGCCAUUGACACUGCCACCCAAUCUCUCCCCCAAGUUCUUCCAUCGGUCACCUCGAGAAGCCCUUCGCAGAGUGACCAGUCUUCUCAUCAGAAAAGAUACGAGAAUGUGGCGCUGAGGGGUCCGGCGAAGGCGGCGGGCGGCAGAAGCGCGGCUUCUUCAAGAGCUUCUGGAAGCGGUCGCGCCACUAUUCGCUGGAGCAGCCGCCGCCGGCGCCGCCGCAGUAGCCCGCAGCCCGGCUGCUGGAAGUAGGCGCGCGCGCGCCGCCGG